ACCUGAAGGUAAAGGUCAGGUUGAAGAGGGAGGGCCUCAGAGUCGCGCAGGCGCAGUUGUGUGCCGGGUAGCCAAGAUGUCGUUCCCGAAGUAUAUUCCGUCGCGCCUGGCCACCCUGCCCCCGACCCUCGACCCGGCCGAAUACAACAUAUCUCCGGAAACCCGGCGGGCGCAAGCCGAGCGGUUGGCCAUAAGAGCCCGGCUUAAACGGGAGUACCUGCUUCAGUACAACGACCCCGACCGCCGAGGGCUCAUUGAAGAUCCUGCCUUGACUCGUUGGACCUAUGCAAGAUCAACAAAUAUCUAUCCCAAUUUCAGACCCACUCCCAAGAACUCUCUCUUAGGAGCUGUGUGUGGGAUUGGGCCCCUCUUUUUCUGGUAUUAUGUUUUCAAAACUGACAGGGACAGGAAAGAAAAACUUAUCCAGGAAGGAAAAUUGGAGCGAACAUUUAACAUUUCAUAUUAAGUCUGGUAAUCAUGAUUACAUGGAUUCAUGCUUAAAUAAAUCUUCUAUUAAUCAUUAAA